GGCCGGGGGCUUCACCGGCAUGUAAACACUGGGGCAUGGCCCAGGAGUCAAGGGAAGGGGUGGCGGGCGGCGCGCAAGCGGCCGCGCUGGCGGACAGCAUCCCGAGCCGCGGUCCCUGGGGAGCUCACGCCGCGCGACUGGACGCGGCGGGCGGACCGGUGAGACUGAGAGCGAUGGGCGGCCCGGUGAGGCCGAGGGCGGCCCCGCCCCCGCCCCGCUGGCGGCCGGGGGUAGGCGCCCACGCCGCGCCCACGCCGCGCCCACGCUCCCGCUCCUGGGUGCCAGGCAGCCGCACAGGUAAGUCCGGGGAGGCUGAGGGCACCCCCAGGGGGCGGCCGGGAGUUCUGGGGGCCUCUCCGGGAGGCGCGUCGGGGACGCUCCGGGCCAGGAACGUCAGGCCACUGCCCCCUCCCGGCGGGCACCGGGCCGGGCUCCAGGCAGCAGGGGCGCCGCCUCCUCCUCGGUCUUGGGUCCUGCUCCGCGGGUCCCGCUCCGCGGGCCCCGGCGGAGCUGAGGCGCCCCUCCGGCCGGCCGGUGGCGCCCACCUCACCCACCUCACCCGCCGCCUCUGGCCAGCACCCCCGCGAGCAGCAGCGCCGCCGCCUGCGAUCCCGAUGCCACCGCCCGCCAGACGCUGCGCGGCCCAGCUCGGAGAAUGCCGAGGCCCAGCGCGGCCGCCCGCGGAGCCGCCGCUGAGCGCGGGAGGGGCGGGGCGCCGGGGGCUCAGCCCGCCCACGAUUGGGCGGCCCGGCGGGGCGGGAGCGGAGUGCGAUUGGCGGACGGCGGCGUGGGGCGGGACUCGCGGGAGGCCGCGGCAGCUCGAGGCGUUCGGAUUGGUGCGUCGCCCAUCUGGGCCCGCCUCCUCGGUCCGGGCGGAGCGGAGAGAAAAGGCUAGGGGCCCUGGGGAGGCAGUGGGAGGUCGCGGGGCGGAAAGCCGGGGCCGGCAGGCCGGCAAAGAGAAGGGCGCGAGCAAAAGAAAAGGAGAAACAAUGACGAGAAGAAACAAUAUGAGCACUAUGGCUGAAGUGGCCCUCCAGUGUCCUUCCAGAUUUGAGUUCAUUGACGAGUAGAUCAGGCCCGGAAGGUAGCGAGUCCCAUUUUUCAGAAAACACACCCAAGAGAGGUGGCCGGAACUAGACCAUGCAGGUGUUUGGCUUCGAAUCUCUAUUUCUCAGCACUGAGGAGGAAAGUGCCUGCAAAGGCUUCGCCAGGGCUUGAGUUAAAGCAGUUCAUCACGCAACCUGUGAUAGAACCAUCUUCUCCCUUUCCAAGCUUCUAUCAAAGCCUUUUGUUGUUGAUUAGCUUCUUACCUAGUUAUGGCUGGUCUCCCUGACUGCAUUAACUGCCCUGGACACAGAGACCAAUUCAGGAGCUUUUUAUUUCCCAGGCCUUCAACAUAUUGCAGUUCAUUGAUUCAGUCCCCAAAUGUUUAGGUGCCUCUGAGCCAGGCUUGGAUUUAGGAGUGAGACUGGUGGGCCUGCCAUCUCCAACCUCGCCAAGCUCAAGAUCAGGUGGAGAAGCAGACAGGGACACAGGCAGAGACAAAUCUGGUGGAUGAGGACUGUAAUGGGGGACUUAACAGGGAGCUCAGUGGAGGCAGGGGUGGAGGGGAGGGGACUCAGAGAGAAUGCCUCACAAAGUUAUCCAAGCCACUGGCAGGAUGCAUACCCUGAGUCAUGCAGGGUCUAGGCAGAGGGAGCCUCAAGAGGCCUGGCAACCAGAGAGUGCAAUGCCCACAGAAAGCUGUGAGUACCUCCAUGCUCCUGCGUUGUGGCUCUUUGAGAGAUGCAGGAGGCGAGAGGUAUGGCUGGAAGGCCUGUAAUGGCUGGAUCUUGCAGAGUCUUGUAGAUCAGAGGAAGGAGGGGAGCUACGCACACGUUUUGAGCGGGAGAGUGACCCAGACAGAUUUGCUUUUUGUUAGAAGAAGGUUGCUCUGACUACAGGUAGUGUGGAAGAGAGAAGAUGGGAAACAGGGGUGAGGGGCCUGUUGUGGUGAUCCAGGCCAGAGAUGAUGACAGCGGAACCACAACACUGCAGGAAAACUGGAGUCCGAGAAGCAUUUGAAAGACAGAAUCAAGUGCACUUGGGGAUGAGUUCGGUUGGGCCAUGUAUCUGAGGACUCAGAUUUCUGAUUCCCUCCUGAUUCCCAGCCAUAAAAUGGGUGGCAACCUGUACUUCUCUCCAGUUUGUCCCAUAAUUUGAAAAACACAGUUAGCCAGAUAGGAGAAGAAUGAUAAUAGCAGCUCCCAGUACUUUUAUGUAUCCCCAUGUACAGCCAGGGAAGUUGAGGCCCGGAGAGUUUAAAUUACUUGACUAGGGUCCUGACCCUGGAGCACAGGCAUUAGAGUGCUAAGCUGUGCUGCUCACACUGGGGUAGGAGUGGGGGUUCUCACUAAUCCUGGCUGGACCUGCUCCACAGGGGAAAGGCCUGUGGCUAUCUGACCCCAGAAGGGGAUUUCAGAGGAGGGAGCCAGCCAAGGAUGUCCCAAGGCCUGGCUGACUUCUCAGCUAUGACCGAUUUUGAAUUUGACUGAAUGGCACCAGGUUCUCCUAGUCAGGAGCAUGAGCUUCACAGGAUCAGACACCUCACCCAUGGUGUCCCCACAUCCAGUUCAUGGCCUGUCACAUGAUAGACA